GGGGGGACACGGACCGUGCAGGCCGCUGAGAGCUUCCCGCGCGGCGCGCUGCCCCGGCCAGUAGGGGGCGCGGCGUGUCCGGCUGUCCGAGGCACGUGUCCUCACCCCGGCCGGGGCGGCGAUGCCGGGGCCGUAGAACGCUGCUAUUGGUUAGCAGGCUUGUCAUUCCAGUCUCCUCUCGGCUGCUGAUUGGGGGAAGCCGAGGAGGGUGGCGGGAGGCUCGGUCCCCGGCUCCCGGGGACUUGGCCGCGCGGCGCUGCCGAAAGCACCAGGAAGAAACCCAAUCAACUCAGAGACUCAGCAAUGGCAAGAGGAACCACUGGAGUCCAUGGCUAGACAAAGAAAACUGUCCCUUGUACCAACUGUUAAAGAAAAGUAUCCAAUGAAAAUGAACUGAACAACGCAUGGAAGCAGUAUCCCAGCUAAAACAGGCCAUUGUCAAGGCUCUGGUGUUGAUCACUUCAAAUCCUAAGAUAUUCUAUCAUCUAAAGCACCCAAUACAAUGGAAUCCUGGCCUAUGACUAGGACUCCUGGGCUCUAGGGUGCCAUGACCAGUCCAAUAAAAGCCAGAAUUGAGGUAACAUCACCUGAGUGCGGAAAGGGUUCACUAGGAAGAAAAAAGCAGCACAGGAAGGAAGAAGGCUUGGUUUGGGCAGAAGGCUACAAGGAAGAAAUACAAAACGGAGGGAUCUCUUCUAGUCAUCAAUGGGCAGAACGCAACUGAUAUUGGUGAAAACUGAAAGAUGGAAAUGUGGGGGAGACACAGAGCCCCUUUCAUGUCUCAGCUUGUGUGAUUGGAAGAGAAGGGAUUUCUGAGACGAUGGAGCCGCUGUCCAGCUCAAGGUCUCAGAGCUUCCACCACCCAGGACCACAACUGAGCUGUGACCUCAGAGAGAAGCUGCAGUAUUCACAGCAACUAGAUCUUCCUGUGACCUAUUUGAUUGUUUCUUACGAUAAGGGGGAUGAAGGAGACCAGGAUAUGGUGGCCUCGCUCCAUAGGUUCAGCUUUAUGAUGCCAGUGACGUUUGAGGAGGUGGCCGUGUACUUCUCUGAAGAUGAAUGGGCUCUUUUAGGUGAAAAGCAGAAGGAACUCUACAGAGAUGUCAUGCAGGAGAAUUACAAGACUCUCAUCUCGUUAGGAUUUACAAUCGCUAAACCAGAUGUGCUGUCCCAGAUGGAGCAAGGGGAAGAGUUGUGGAUCCCAGAUAUCCAGGGCUCUGAGGAAAGGGAAAUCCCAAGAGGCACUAUGACAGGUACCGGGACGGCAAGUGAAAACAAGGAGGAGAGUCCCCAGCAGGAAGGCGCUGUGGGAGUGAAGCUGCACAGGAUGUUCUCAGGAAGGCUGCGGUGCCCUGGUGGGGCAGAUGCCAGUAAGAGUCAGGACAGAGUGGGGCGGCAGAGAGGAGACUCUCCAGGCAGGAGUAAUUCUACUCACAGCAAAAGAGGUUUGAGGAAAUCCACAGACACCAACGCCCACCCGGUAACCCCUAUUGGGUUGACCGCAAAUACCAUCAAUGAACUGGGGGAAAGAAUCAGUAACAGCUCGCUCCUUUUUCAACAUUGUCAGGAAACUAGUGUAGAGAAGAGUGCCGUCAGGUGUAGUGAAUGUGGCAAAAGCUUCACUCGACAAGAAUACCUUCAGAUACAUCUGAAAAUUCACAGAGGGGAGAGACCAUAUAAAUGUAACAAAUGCAAGAAAAGCUUUAGACACAAGACAAGCCUUGUUCUUCACCGUUACACAGUCCACAAGUCGGAGAGACCCCAUAAAUGUCCAGACUGCAGCCAGCUCUUUAUCCUGAGAGAGAGAUUUAUUCAGCAUCAGAGAAUCCACAACGAAGUGGCAUCUAGAGGGUUCAACGAUGGGAUUGUGAGUGAGAACAGGGACAAGAAUCCCCAGAAGAAGGGGUCUGGGAGAGCAAAGCCAGACAUUAUGUUGUCGGGGAGACCCCAGUGCCCUGAGUGGGGAGAUGCCCGUGAGAGUAGGGGCAAGGUGAGAGAGCAGCAUGGAGACCCUCCAGAUUGGAGACAAAGUAAAUCCACUUGCAGCAAAACAGGCUUAAGGAAAUCCAAAGACGCCAGCACACAGCAUAGAGACUGCAUGGAGAAGAGACCAAAUACAGGCACUGAACUUGGGGAAAGUUUCAAUAACUGCUCUCUCCUUAUUAAGCAUCAUCAAACUGGUGCAGAAAAGAGUGCUUACAAGUGUAGUGAGUGUAGGAAAAGCUUCACUCAAGAAAAAUACCUUCAGAUACAUCUGAGAACUCACAAAGGAGAGAGACCUUAUAAAUGUAAAGAAUGUGGGAAAAGCUUCAGUCGGAGUUCAGUGCUCAAAGAUCACUCCAUGAGUCACAGAAUGGAACAACCUUAUAAAUGUACUCAGUGUGGGAAAAGAUUCAGAGAGAAGACAAUCCUUGUAUAUCAUCUUUACAUAGUCCACAGGGUGGAGAGACCAUAUAAGUGUCCAUACUGUGGCCAGCAAUUUGUCCUGAGAGAGAGACUUAUUCAGCAUCAGAGAAUCCACAAAGAAGAAGAACCUAGAGGGUUUAAUGAUGGGAUCAUGAGUGAAGAUGAAGCUAAGAAUCUCCAGCGGGAAGGGCCUCCCGGAGCAGAACCACAGAGGACAUUCUCAGGGAGACCCCGAGGUCCUGAGCAGGGAGAAGGCUGUGGAAGUCAGGGCGUGGCACGAAGGAAGCAGAGACACCCUGCAGGCAAAAGAGGCAAUAUAUCUAAUCAAUGUGAAAGAGAUUCCAAGAAAUUGAAAAGCACCAUCACGCACCAGGAGACCCAUACUGGAGCACAAACAAACACAAAUGGUGACAAUGAGAAAAGCUUCAGUAGCAACUCAGCCCUUUCUGUGCAUCAGAAAAUCCACCUGGAAGGGAAACGUUACAGCUGUGCUGAAUGUGGGAAAAGCUACCACCAGCAUGCUCACCUUCGAAGGCAUCAGAAAAACCAUACAGGAGAGAGACCCUAUGUAUGUGCUGACUGUGGAAAGAGCUUUGUGUACAGGUCAAUACUCAGCAGACAUGAAAGGACCCACAAAGAGGAGAAAAAUUAUAGCUGCACUGACUGUGGGAAAAACUUCAGUGAGUACUCAUACCUUACUAUGCAUCAGAGAAUCCACAGGGAGGAAAGACCCUAUCAGUGUCCUGACUGCGACAAAAGCUUCAGGCUGCGAGGACACUUUACCAGUCACUGUAGAACCCACACAGGGGACAAACCUUAUAAAUGCACCGAAUGCGGGCAAGGCUUUGGGCGGAAAUCAACCCUGACUAAACACAUGAGGAUCCACACCGGGGAGCGGCCCUAUAAAUGCACGCAGUGUGAGAAAAGCUUUCGUCAGAAGUUCGCCCUUUCCCAGCAUCAGUUAAUACACCAGGGAGAGAGGCCUCACAAAUGUACUGAAUGUGGGAAAAUCUUUCUUCAGAAGUCCCACCUUACCACGCAUCAGUUAGUGCAUCAGGGAGAGAGACCUCACAAAUGUACUGAAUGUGGGAAAAGCUUCAAUGACCGAUCAAAUCUUGUUAAACACUUGGCAAAACUCCACUUGAAAAAGAAACCCCAUAUAGCAAAUGUGGCAAAGAGUCCUGUGGCACCUUAUAGACUAACAGACGAAAGCUUAUGCUCCAAUACUUCUGUUAGUCUAUAAGGUGCCACAGGACUCUUUGCCGCUUUUACAGAUCCAGACUAACACGGCUAUCCCUCUGAUACCAUACAGCAAAUGUAGCUUCAGAUUAAAUAGAUCUACAGUUGUAAUAGAAAAUAAUGGAGUGGUACUUUUUUGAUUCUGGUGAAACACUUUUCCUUUCAUACUUAUUCUAAAAUACAAGGUUUAAGGAGGAUGGGUUGGUAGUAUUGCCUAGUUUCUGAUUAUGGGAGUAAGAUGUGUGAGGGGGACAAAGCUGGUGAAGAGAGGAACUGAUCUUUCAACGGUUUUGGGGAUGGUUAGUGGGAAUUUCAGGGGAGUGGAAUUGAAUUUUGCAAGUUGACCAGCGGCAUGCCAUCUAUGGAUUGCAUUCCCAUGUGAGCCCUGAAUAUGACUUCCUGACUGGCUGUGCCAGUGGGACGAUUCCAUCCGGCCCCUGAACACACUACAGAACAAAAUAGCAUCCUCCAGACAUUAUGAAGACACGGGUGGGUAUUUUAACAUGGCACUUUAUAAAUGGAUUAAAACCUGGCGAACUGAGAUGUGUCAAAAUGUAACUGUAAACAGGAAAUCCUUAUUAAGCGGGUGUGUUUCUAGUGGGGUCCUGCAGAGAUCGGUUCUUGAUCCUCUGCUUUGAAACAUUUUUAUCAAUGACCUGGAAAAAAACAUAAAAUGAUCACUGAUAAAGUUUGCAGAUGACACAUAAAUUGGAGGAGUGGUAAAUAAUGAAGAGGACAGGUCACUGAUUCACAGUGAACUGGAUCACUUUGCAAACUGGGCAAAAGAAAACUAUAUGCAUUUUAAUGUGGCUAAACAUAAAUAUAUACAUGUAUGAAUGAAGAACGUAGGCCAUACUUAAAGGAUGUGGGAUUUGAUCCUGGAAACGUGGGACUCUGAAAAAGAUUUGGGGUGUGGUGGAUAAUCAGCUGACUAUGAACUCCCAGUAUGAUGCUGUCUCCAAAAGAGCUCAUGCAAUCCCGAGAUGCAUAAACAGGGGAAUCUCGAGUAGGAACAGAGAGGUUAUUUUACCUCUGUAUUUGGUACUGAGGCAACUGUGUUUUUUAAACAUGUCUCAGGGUUUAUCUACUCCGGAAGUUUUACUGGUAUAAUUUUGCCAGUAUAGUUAUAGUGGCAUAACUUCCUGUGAAUAAGUGUGUCAAUAUGGGGCGUUAUGAGUGCAUCUUCACCUGGAUCUUCCAUCCCCAGCAGUUCAGUCUAUUCCAUGGCUCUUGUAAGGGGUUAGGCACACUGUGAUUUUUCCUGUGUGGCAGGUACCCUUAAUUGUGCCAGUGUAACUGGUAAUGCAAGUCCUACUUCCUCCCUGAGCUGUGCAUACCAGAGUCCACUGACGGUGUCUGAAAAAAUACCCAUAAUCUUUGGUACAGGGACCUGCUGCUCAUCCUGCAUGGAAUUGCUGCCCAAAAUGUUUCACAAUUUACUCCUAAAAACAGAGUUGGGCAGAGUGCUGGGUAUGAACUGGAAAACAGAAAAUGCCCCGUAUAACUUACAGCUGGUUAAGCCUGAGUGUGAUUUGUUAGCUUAUGAACUGAAGGCCCCUAAGGCUUUGCAGCUAUACAAAAUGUAUAAAGGAUAUGUGUGACAGAUUGCAAUGCUUGCUGGUGAAAAAAGUAAUGGAGAGGUACUGAGACUGAUGUUUUAACCAUUAAUUGCAAGUCCUAAAUAUUUUGCUGUGUAAGGGACAUGCGAGUGGUAUGAACAAAACAAGGAAGUAACUAGGUUGUAAACAACUGAGGUAUAUGUGAUGGUAUAAACAAAUUGGAACAGACACAGAUGUUGACACUUAAAGAUAGGUCAGAAAAGAUUUUUACGGCUUGCCUUGGGACAAGAUUCCCAUGAUGCUUUGCAGUUAACAUAAAGCUAUCUAGCAAAGAAUAGAAUUUUACAAUGCAGUAACUGAUGACAUGUUUUAUAUAAGAUAUAUUUUUGCAAUGUAUUAACCGCAACAUAUUUGCAAGAUAUGUAAUGAAUAAAAAUGUCCAAAAAAGGCCAUAAACAAUGAUUAACUACUUGGUGUUGAAACUCUUGGAAAAUUACAAGGAAGAGGGAACUGAGGAAAGAGCCUUAAGGGCAGGUCUACACUAUGGGGCUAAGUCGACCUAAGUUACGCAACUCAAGCUAUGUGAAUAACGUAGCUGGAGUCGACGUGCCUUCAGUGAAUUUAUUAUGGUGUCUACACCGUGCUGGGGUUAAUGGGAGAAACUCUCCCAUCGGCUUACCUUAUGCUCCUUGUACUGGUGGAGUACCAGAGUCGACGAGAAAGCAAUCGGCGGUCAAUUUAGCGGGUUUUCACUAGACCCACUAAACCGAUCCCCGGAGGAUCAAUCGCACAUUGAUACACUGUAAUGUAGACAACGCCUAAGAUAUGGAGAACUAUACACCAAAAGGAGGCAAUAAAUAAGAGUUGGAAUGUUGAACUAAGAAGAGUUUCAAAGUAGCAGCCGUGUUAGUCUGUAUCCGCAAAAAGAAAAGGAGUACUUGUGGCACCUUAGAGACUAACAAAUUUAUUUGAGCAUAAGCUUUCGUGGGCUACAGCCCACUUCAUCAGAUGCAUAGAAUGGAACAUAUAGUAAGAAGAUAUAUAUAUAUACACACACACACAGAAAACUGUAUAUAUACACAUACAGAAAACAUGAAAAGGUGGAGUAAGAGGCUAAUUAAUUAAGAUGAGCUAUUAUCAGCAGGAGAAAAAACCUUUUGCAGUGAUAAUCAAGAUGGCCCAUUUAGACAGUUGGCAAGAAGAGUUACCAGGGUAUAACUACCACAAGAAAUCAUAAGAAAGCAAGACCAUUGGCAGACAGGAUCCAGACUAUCUGAAGCUAUGGAGAAGGCCUUCCACAGUUGUAGGUAAUUGCAUGCCUCUCUGUAUGUGCUGUCUUGACUGUUUAGUAAAUUCAUUCAAAGCUGACUUGUUAACCAAAUCUAAAUUUAAGAGAAGGCUAUUCAUUAAACAUAUAAUCACACUUAAAAUCCUUAUCCAUUAUUAGCUAUUCAUUUAUUAAUUAUUGACAAAUUAUUGGUUGAUUAUCAACACAAGAAAUAUGUAAACUACAGUCACUGGAAGACUGUUUUCUGUACUGGUAAUGUCUGACCUUUCUGUAUUAUGCUGUUUUAGUGUUAAUCAAUAAAGUGAUUGAGCUGA